AUGAGACGCCGUUCCGACUCUCCCCAGAAACGGCUUCUCAGAGCUGACGUGCCGCUCUUUGAUUCCCCAAGCGCAAUGCGCCGAUCAGUACAACUCUCAAACCGUUCUAAAGAACCACCUCUACCUGACAAAAAGGAAAAACAUCACCCUUUUCGUGGCCCCAUUCCUACCGACGAAGACGACGAUAAGAAAAACGAUAAGGAAAGGUGGAAGGACAAGAACAAGGGCAAGGACAAGGGCAAGGAUGGGGAUAAGGGUAAAGCUAGGAAAGACGAUGAUGAUGAUGACAGCAAUAAACUACGGUCAUCAUCAUCUAGUCUAGAUUUUAUCCCUAAGUCUACGGAAAUGCCAAUCAAUGGACUCACCGAAAUGCCUAUUAAUGGACCUACGGGAUUGCCUAUAUCUCUCCAUUCAUCUCGAUCUAUACGUCCUCCAACUCUCAUUACAUCUACCACCAGCUCUCUUACCACUACAUCGAUCCCAAACGUCAUUGCCUUUCCCCCAGGAGCACCGAUAUCCGUUGCCACUUCUGUUCUGGCCCCUGGCAUCGGGGCUCCUGUCUCGACAACAGGCGAUCCAGGCACGAACCCCUCCGCCACGGCAACGCCUCCUCCAGCACAACCGGAUGGCGGUAUUAGCAAAGCUGGAAUUGCGGCGGGGUCCGUAUUUGGGGGCUUUAUUGUUAUUUCCAUUUCCUUCCUUGCUCUACUUUACUACAAACGGUGGCAAAAACAUCGAGAUGAGGAAGAAAAAAAGAAAUUAAAGUAUUCAGCGGUAUCGGGUUCGGAGAGUGGAGACUUGCCAGACGUCGACGAUACGCAGCCUCCCUUUACACCUUUGAAUAAUAUGCAGUACCCCAAUGCCUCCAGUUGGCCAUCUCAGACCCCCUAUGCGACUGAUUUUCAAACUACAUUUUUAGAGCAUAAGGAUGGUUCCCAGCAUGAAUCUAGUACAAACAAUCAACCCAGGAGAAGCAGUCGCUAUUAUGCCUCCCUGGCAAUGAGCUCCAAUUCUCAAGAUCACCAUUCCUUUGCCAGCGACCCUCCUUCGGAUAAGCUAGUCCCUCAAGCCUCUCAAUUAAGGCCAAUUUCCAUGAUGGAAGUGUCUCAAAAACAAAAUAACGCUGAGCAAAACAUGUCUAUCCAGCGAAAAUCUUUACCUGCCGGCAGGGUAAUGUCCCCUCAGCUACCUAUUGUCGCGGAACUAGUCGCCGGCCACCCACUCACUCCGCCCUCCAUUGAAUCAACACCAAGUCAGCCCUCAGCACGUUACAGCAACACUGUCGAUUACAGAACUGCACGUAGCAGUAUAUCAUCUACUAAUCCUCUAGGAAACAGCAAUGUAUCUCAGUACUCCCCUGUCAGCAGCGUUUCUCCGAUGGACCCUGUUUUAAGUAGCCCUUCAGAGACCGGACAACAACAACAACAACAACAACAACAACAACAACAACAACAACCACUACCACCUACUUCUCAAACUUAUUCACACCAGUCGUUGCCGCAACAUCCAGGGAUAAAUACUUAUAGUGUACCUCCUCAUAAUGGGUAA